AUGUUUGGAUUUCAUUUAAGCCAACGUAACAACAACGAUGUCAAAGAAUUUUCUCUUUUACACCAAGAGACAUCACAUCUACCACAUGGAAUCCCAGAACUUUUUCCAAACCUGACAAAAUAUUGUGCAUUUAAAACAAAUUUGAAGCACAUUCAAAGUAGUGAUUUCAGCGGAUUUCAAUCUUUGACAAUCAUUGGGUUGUCUGAAAACGAACUUGUUAAUAUUCCAGCAGACACCUUUUAA